AGCAGUCCACCAUGCCCGCUUUAUGGCAAAAGGUAUCUACUACCUAAAACUCCAACUUAUGAUGGAUGCUAUACCUAGUCUGGAAAAAUGGCUGAAGCAUGAAAUUACUGAAAUGGCAACUUUUGUCUCUGUUUUCUAUACUACCUGGUUUCUCAAAGCUGAACUAUCUGCUGCUGCUCCGAAUCAGGAUAUGAGAGCGCUUUGGCAAAUGAAUAGGUUUAAGGAGUUCAAUUUGAUUGGGGCAGAAUCAGUCAUUAAAUCUAUCAAACGCCACACAUGGUUUCUGGACCCUUACCUUAUUGUACUAGCUCUAGCUGAUGAAAAAUGUAAAGAAAGAGGUGAUAUUGCUCAAAAACUAUACAGCUUUGAAUUUCAUAGUAUGGAUGAAUAUCCGUUAGCCCGAAUAAGUGCUAACAUAGAGGUCCUCAAUUCUUUAGACUUCAGUGGACCGAAGCCUCCCAGCUUAGUUCAUUUGGUCACAGAAAAUUCGUGGCUAUUGUUCCUUAUGAUAGGCCAAAGUAAAAGUGACUGUCAAUGGAUGAAAACCUCUCCAGAAUAUUGGACUUGCAACGAUUUCUACUUAAAAUUUCAGGAGGCAGUUUUUAAUCUUUCAGUUGUUAAUGAUUGCGCGGAAAGAAUCGUUAAACUCAUAAAAGACAAAAUUGAUAUUGCCCGAAAAGAAGAGAAAAGACAGGAUUCACUUUUAUUUUUGCAUAAUUACAAAAGGAAGUAUGGAGGAAAAACUAAGAAAUCCAAGAAAAACAAAAAAAUAAACAAUAUAAAAAUAUAACAUAACAUUUUUAAAAAAUAAUUAUAAAUUUUAUAGAAAUUUAAUUAUAAAGAAAUUUGUAAAACAAAAUUGCUAGACGUUUUAUUCAAUAUAAUUAGAUUUUUUUCGUUUCAUGUAAUUUAAUGAAGUUUCUUGCAAUAUAAUAAAGUUCAUAUAGACCUUUAAUGCUAUAUAUAGAUGUUUUAUGCAACAUAGUUAGGUUUUUUUUUCCAAAUGGCUUAACAUAUACAUAAAGAUAUUGCAAUGCGUAAUAUUCGGUUAAAAUCUGCAUAACUUUGCGUUUUUGUAGAUAAAUUUACACAAAUUAUUUCAAUAAAAUAAAAU